CCGUCCCGUCCCGUCCCGUCGCUGAGCGCUGCCGCUCGCCGGGCGAUGCCGCGCCCCGCGCCCCGCGGCUGAGCGGCUCCCGCCGGGGCUCCAUGGGCUGCACCGGCAGCGCCCUGCGCUGCUGCCCCGUCCGUGCCGAGAGACAGCUAAAAGCCCAGCAGCAGAGAGGAUCUGCUUCCCAGGAGCUCUCAGCCUUGAAGACAGAGAAUGCCAAUGCCUCCCUGCUUCCUGAGGAUGGGGAGAAAGCAGCACGGCCAGAGGAGCGGACAGACAGUGCAAGACUCCUCCAAGGCCAGGGGGAGAAGGAGGAGCAGCUGCAGGAUGCUGGCCAGGCAGGCGCUGCGAGCAUCUCCCACGACACUGAGAUCCAGGUGGAAAAGGAAAAAGUGCUGGAGCUGAAGGAACAGCUUGAUGCCCUGAGGAAAGAGCACACAGACACCCUGCAAGAGCUCCAGGGAGCACAUGAGCAGGAGAAGCUGCUGCUGACAGAGUCCCACCACAGGUCUGAGGCAGCCUUACAGGAGAAAAUUCAGGCACUGAACUCCCAGCUGAAAUCCUUCCAGGAGAGGAUGAAGCGGGUGGAGGAGUCACUAUUGAGAACAGACUACAAGAAGCACAUCCAGGAACACGGGAGCCCCAGCCCCUUCUGGGAGCAGGAGCUGGAGAGCCUGCACUUCGUCAUCGAGAUGAAGAACGAGCACAUCCACAGCCUGGACAAGAAGCUGCUGCACCUGGAGACCGUGGAGGAGAGGAACCUUCUGCUGGAGGAGAGGGUGAAAACUCUCCAGCAGGAGAACGAGGACCUGCAAGUUCGCACGCAGAAGCACUUGGUCAUGGCGAGGCAGCUGUCCGAGGAGCUGCAGGCUGCCCGCGGGGCGCUGGAGAAGGAGGCGCAGCUGCUGGAUCAGGCUCGCCGGGAGAAGGAGGAGCUGCUGUACCGUGUGCUGGACGCGGGGGACGGCGCCCCGUUCCCCAUGGCUGCCGGCGAGGUGCCCCUCAUCGCCACGUAGCAGCGGGGGGACUGCCGGGGCUGCCCGCAGCCCUGCGAGCCCAGGGCUGCUCUCACCGUGCCCCCGGCCGGGGCAGGGCUCCAGGCUGGCCGAGCCCCCGGGGCGCCCCAUGGACCGCAGCGAUGGAGCGUUUCACGGAUACUUGCACCUGCAUCUCCCCAGCCCGUGUGCGGCUGCAGAGGGACUCUGGCCUCCCAGCCAUGCGGUCCCUGCUCCCCUUCCUCUGCUGAGGAGCUGUCUGGGGUGAAAGGGGUCAGCCAGGGCACGCAGACUUGCACUGGGCUGGAUCCGACCCAGCGCUUGGCUCUGAGUACAAACAGCACCAGUGCUGCCCCGGGGCAUGAGGACGAUGAGGAGGCCACUGGGGCAGGAAGGGGACAAGCAGGGGCAGAGGAGGGCACUGGGGACAUGGUGUUAACCUCACCAGGCAGGGCUCCCACCCACACCCUCCUGUUCCCAUCACCUCCUUCACCAAAUAUCUCCCAGGUACUGCUCCUGCAGCUCAGGCAUGUCCCAGCUUACUGCCACGAUGACCCCAAGCCCUACUUGUCCCUGCUGCCCAUCAGCAUCGUCACCAGUCCCAUCUGCCCCCCCAGAGCUGGACAGAGGCUGGAGCUGCACAUUUAUGGAGCAGGGCAUCCUCCCUGGGGGUAUCAGGCUUUGGCAGGUCACAUCCCUCUGCUCAAGCCAAUGCAUCUCCAUCAGGGAAGGUGCUGCCAGAAUGGCUGUGGGUCAGGGCUGGAUGCACACAAGCACUUUCCCCUGGGUGCACGAGUGUGGUGGGUGUGUGGGUGUGUGUGUGUGCUGCUGGCUGUAACAAUUACAAAUCUGUAAGAAGGAGCAGCCUCAGGAAUCCCAUGUCAGUGGUUUGCGGGACUGGUGCAGGAGAGUCCCAGAGUGGGCUGUGUGCUCCACACCCCAUACAGUGGGAAGAAGGGGAAGGGUGGGAGCUGGCACCACAAAGACUCCACAAGGAAGCUCCAGAUGAGGCCCUUAAGGCCGAUCCCCAUUCUCCUGCUCCUUCCCUCCUUUCCUUCAUUUCAAUGGGCUCCCAGCUCAGGGCAGACCUGGACCCUCCCAGCAUCAGGGCCACUGCAACAGCCACUUCCGUCCUUUGUGCUGACCCUUAGCAGGAGGAGAGCAGCUGCACGGGCAGCCAGGAAGGCAACGUGGAUGUGGGGUCCACUCCUACCCACAUACCUCCAUGGGGUGGCCAGAGGGGGAAAUGGGGGAGCCUGUUGUGUCAGAACCAUGUCCCCCCAGGGCACCCUCUGCUCCACACACCAUCUGUGCAUCCCCCAGGUGCUGCAGCACCACAGCAGGGGAUGCCCCAGCAAGUUCUGCCUGGUUAUGGCUGAAGGGAUCAGGAUUUCUGGGCGAAGGGAUAUGAGGCUGGUGCGGUCUGGGAUCCUGCUCUGGACACCUGGUACCAUGUCCCAGUGCUCCAAAGGCAGAUCCUGCGUGGGACUUGGAAGAAUGUGCCUGACUCUGGGAAAGGGGACACUGGGAACUGAGGAGGAGGAAUAAAUGAGUGCAGAAAAAGACUUGCACACUGUGAAGGGGGAGAAGCCUGGACCAGGCAGUACCUUGGCAGUCAUGAGAGGAAUGACAGGUUAGCCCAGGCUGGGUGCCCAGGCAAAAUGGAGGGUCAG